UGCAUGCCUGGCAGGAAAGUCUCUUACCUCAUGCGCUGAUGGAGGGAGGUUUGGGGCCUGUGCUGGUGGGGGUCUUACCGAGGUCGCAGGCUUGUCUCUGCUUUCAGACUCCUUCCAUCAUCUGCCAAGAACGGCAGAAAAUGAAUAUAUCUCUGGGGCCAGUGUCAUUCAACGAUGUGGCCGUGGCCUUCACCCAGGAGGAGUGGCAGCAGCUGGACUCUGAGGAGAAGACAACAUACAGGGACGUGAUGCUGGAGACCUACAGCAACCUCGUCUCCGUGGGGUGUCCCAUUAUCAAACCGGAUGUUAUCAUCAAGUUGGAGCAAGGAGAAGAGCCAUGGAUAGUAGAAGGAGCAUUCCCAUCCCAGAGCUAUCCAGAUGAAAUCUGUCAAGCAGAUGGCUCAAUGGAAAGAGUCCAGGGAAAUGAAGGGAAACAUUCAAGGCCAAAACUGAAGAGGAAAAGUGUGGUUGAAAAGAGAAGCAAUGUUUCUAGUAAAGCUAUUAAUGUAGAAACGAGACUUGUUCCUGCAAGAAAAACAGCCUCUAAAUGUGACUCAUGUGAAAAGAGUCUGACAUGUGUUUCAGAAUUUAUUAGUAGUGAUGGAAGCUAUGCAAGAAUGAAGCCUGAUCAGUGUGCUGGAUGUGGGAAAUCACUCCUCCACAUUAAGCUUGAGAAAACACAUCCAGGAGACGAUGCUUAUGGAUUUUGUCAAAAUAGAGAAAUGUAUCCUCUGAAUGAAGUAAGCACUUACCAGAAAGUUCAUAUUUUGGAGAAACCUUUUGAGUACAUUGAGCACCAGAAAGCCUUCCCAAAGGACACUGCUUUUGUUAAUCAUUUGGAAGAGAAGCCCUAUAACUGGAAUGAGUCUGAAAUAGCCUUUCUCCAAAUGUCAGACCUUAAUGUCCAUCAGAGUUCUCACAUGGAAAUGAAGCCCUAUGAAUGCCAUGAAUGUGGGAAAUCUUUCUGUAAAAAGUCAAAGUUCAUUAUCCACCAGAGGACUCACACAGGAGAGAAACCUUACAAGUGUAACCAGUGUGGGAAGUCCUUCUGCCAGAAGGGGACCCUCACUGUACAUCAGAGAACCCACACUGGGGAGAAGCCCUAUGAAUGUAAUGAAUGUGGGAAAAACUUCUAUCAGAAGUUACACCUCAUUCAGCACCAGAGAACUCACUCAGGAGAGAAACCUUAUGAAUGUAGUUACUGUGGAAAGUCCUUUUGCCAGAAGACACACCUCACACAGCACCAGAGAACGCAUUCAGGUGAGAGGCCCUAUGUUUGUCAUGACUGUGGAAAGACCUUCUCCCAGAAGUCAGCACUCAAUGAUCACCAGAAAAUUCACACUGGCGUGAAACUCUACAAAUGCAGUGAGUGUGGGAAAUGCUUCUGUCGCAAGUCUACUCUCACAACCCACAUGAGGACACACACAGGAGAGAAGCCCUAUGAGUGCAAUGAAUGCGGGAAGUUCUUCUCUCGGUUGUCAUACCUCACUGUACAUUACAGAACCCAUUCAGGAGAAAAACCCUAUGUGUGCACAGAAUGUGGGAAAACCUUCUACCUGAACUCAGCCCUAAUGAGACACCAGCGAAUACACACCGGAGAGAAACCAUAUGAAUGUAAUGUGUGUGGAAAGUUAUUCUCACAAUUGUCAUACCUUACUGUACAUCAUAGAACUCAUUCAGGAGUGAAACCCUAUGAAUGUAGUGAAUGUGGGAAAACCUUCUAUCAGAAUUCAGCCCUUUGUAGGCACCGGAGAAUACACAGAGGUGAGAAGCCCUAUGAAUGUUACAUAUGUGGGAAGUUCUUCUCUCAGAUGUCAUACCUCACGAUACAUCAUAGAAUUCACUCAGGAGAGAAACCCUAUGAAUGUAGUGAGUGUGGGAAAACCUUCUGCCAGAAUUCAGCCCUCAACAGGCAUCAGAGAACACACACUGGAGAGAAAGCCUACGAGUGUUAUGAAUGUGGAAAAUGCUUCUCUCAGAUGUCAUAUCUCACCAUACAUCAUCGGAUUCACUCAGGAGAGAAACCUUUUGAAUGUAAUGAAUGUGGAAAAGCCUUCUCUCGGAUGUCAUACCUCACUGUGCAUUACAGAACCCACUCAGGAGAGAAGCCCUACGAAUGUUCUGAAUGUGGGAAAAAGUUCUAUCACAAGUCCGCAUUCAAUAGCCAUCAGAGAAUUCAUAAAAGAGGGAAUGUAAAUGUCAUCGAUGUGGGAAGACUCCUCUAAAGUCAGACUUUGGAUAACCCUUUCAACUAGAAACUCCUGUCUGGAGUUAUACAGCUGACCCCUGUAUCCAUGGCUUCCAUACCUGUGGAAUCAACAAACCAAAAAUAUUUAGGAAAACAUUGUCAUUUGUACUGAGCAUGAGCAGAAUAGCUUUCUUGUGUUUUUUUUUCCCCCAAAACAAUAUAUAAUGACUAUUUACAUGAUAUUUAGCAUUAUAAGUGAUCUGGAGAUAAUUUAAAGCAUAUGGGAGGAUUACAUAGGUGAUAGGCAAAUACCGCACCAUUUGACAUAAGGACUCUUGAGCUUCUGCAGAUUUUCAUGUCCAGGGAUUUAGAACCACACUCCCAGAUACCAAGAGACACCUGUGUGUUGGAGAACUCACACACUAGGAUAAGCUUUUAUGAAUUAAAGAGUUCACAUCAGUAAAGUCAUAAAGAGGAAAAUACAACAAGACCACAUAGAUACCAAAUGGUAGAGGAGUAAAAAUGCAUAACUAGAAUCUAGACAUGUUUUACCAUGGAUUCAAACUAAUCAGGGAAUUGUAUCAACUUAGGAAUGCUCCUUUAAAGUUAAUACAAAUGACACGUGUCUGAUAUCAAAAAGACUUGUAAAAACAUAAGAUAACAAACAUUCUCUGUAUAAAUAUGUAAAGUUGAGACAGUUGUAAAAAUAGUUCCCAAAA